AUCCGGCAGCUGCUCCUCCCCGGUGUCACGUUGCAGCUGGCGGCGGCUGCUGACAUGGCGGUCCCGGGGAAGGCGGAGGGGGAAGCGGCUGCGCGCGGUGUCCCUCUCCUCCUUCCCGGGUCCUCCAUGUCUCUCCGGGUUGUCUUCCUGCUCCUGAGCCUGGCAUGUCUGGCCGGCCGUUCGGCGGCGCUCACGGAGGGGCUGUAUUGCGGCCAGCAGGUGUGUUACGACGUCCUGGGGGUGAGCAGAGAGGCCAUCAAGGCGGAUAUCGCACGGGCAUACCGGCAGCUGGCCAGGAAGUAUCACCCGGACCGGUACCGGACGCCUGAGGAUAAAGAAACCGCGCACAAGCACUUUCUGCUAGUGGCCACAGCUUACGAGACCCUGAAGGAUGAAGAAACCAGGAGGGAUUAUGACUACAUGUUGGAUCACCCUGAGGAGUACUACAGGCACUACUACCAUUACUACAGCAGGAGACUGGCACCUAAAGUGGAUGUGAGGAUAGUCAUCCUCGUUACAGUGUGUGUCAUCUCCAUCUUUCAGUUUUACAGCUGGAGAAGCAGCUAUAAUGAAGCCAUUAAAUACUUAUCAACCGUGCCAAAAUACCGAAUCCAGGCCACGGAAAUUGCAAGGCAGCAAGGUCUACUGAAUCGAGGAAAGGAAAAGGGGAGGAACAAGAGAUCGAAGGAAGAAAUAAAAGAGGAAGAUGAGGAGAUCAUUAGGGACAUCAUCAAGAACAAAAUAGACAUUAAAGGAGGCUAUCAGAAGCCCCAGAUGUAUGACAUCCUCCUGUUCCAAAUCGUCCUGUUCCCCUAUUAUUUCAUCCAGUAUAUAAGUUGGUAUGUACGUUGGGUGUAUACAUUCAAUAUCAAAAGAGAGGAGUAUGGGGAGACGGAAAAACUCUACCUCAUCCGUAAAUACAUGAAAAUGUCGCAGUCUCAGUUUGACAGUUUAGAAGAUGAACGGAAGAAAAUGUUUCUUGAAGAGGAACUCUGGAUCUGGGAGAAUUAUGAAACGUACAAAAAAGAGCAAGAGGAAGAAAUGAAGAAAAAGAUGGCUUCAGACCCACGAUGGAAGAGAUAUAGAAGGUGGAUGAGGAAUGAGGGACCAGGAAGACUCACAUUUGUAGAUGACUGAUAGUGACGUCUUGCUUGCUCUUCGAUAUUAUUUUCAUAAAAUAAAAUGUAAGAGUUUUUGUGUUUGCUGCACAAAGCAGUGACCAAAUCUCUGAUGCAAACAUUUGAUA